AUGACGGGACGCUCGGGUCGCGGUGUGUUUGGAAAGCUCUUCUCGAAGAAGCAAACAAAUAGAGAUGAAAGAGUUACAGAGAUCGGUAUGCCCACUAACGUUAAACAACAUAUACAUGUGAGUAGAAAUUUAGAAACCGGGAUGUUAGAGGGUUUGCCUGCAUCAUGGCUUAGGCAAUUAAACGCACAAAUCUCACCAGCUGAACAAAGUGAGAAUCCAAAUGCUGCUAUUCAAGCCGUAGCGUUCCAUAAUUUUCAUGUUUUGAAAAAGGAACAGGCAGAAAAAGAGCCAUUCAAGCCUAUUGUGACGGAAGAAGCCAUCACAAAGGAGGGUAUAGAAAUGAAAAAGUUUUUAGCUAAGAAAAAUGCUCACCAAAGUCAAGAUUCAGAUAUUUCUAUAGGUCAAAGUAGUGAAGAAGAUGUUGGUAGUAGUACAGAUACUUUAUCACAAAGACAAACAAUGCCUGCAGCACCCACCAAGAAUAGUAUAAAAAAGAAGGAUGCAAUGAUGGAUUUAACAGCUGUUGUUCAGGAUCUUACUCUCAUAGGUACAGAACCUGAAGAAAGCCCUAUCCUUAGGAAGAAAGAAAUGAUAAAUGCAACUAUGAGUGAUGAGGAGAUUUAUGAGGAAUUGAAAAGAAUUUGCAAUAAAGAUGAUCCAUAUGUGAGAUUUGAAAGAGUCAAACAGCUAGGCGCUGGAGCUUCAGGAGUGGUGUUCAUCGCUAUUGACAGCAAAGACAAUUCAAGAGUUGCCAUAAAAGAUAUUGAUUUGACUAAACAAACGAAAAAAGAUCUCAUCCUUAACGAAAUUAAUGUAUUAAAAGACUUCAAUCACAAAAACCUGGUCAACUUUCUAGAUGCUUUCCUUAGUUAUGAUCAUUUAUGGGUUGCUAUGGAACUGCUUGAUGGAGGCUCUUUGACUGAUGUUGUAACUGAAGUUGUUAUGAAAGAAGGUCAGAUAGCGGCAGUCUGUCGUGAAACAUUACAGGCCAUUGCCUUUUUGCAUUCCAAAGGCACUAUUCAUAGAGAUAUCAAAUCAGACAAUGUCCUUCUUGGAAUGGAUGGUACUGUUAAAGUAACUGAUUUUGGCUUUUGUGCUAAUAUUGUUGGUGAUGAAAAGAGACAAACUAUGGUCGGAACACCGUACUGGAUGGCACCAGAAGUGGUCAAACGAAAGCAAUAUGGAAAAAAAGUAGAUGUUUGGUCACUUGGAAUAAUGGCAAUUGAAAUGAUUGAAGGUGAACCACCAUACAUGAAAGAAACACCUUUAAGAGCUCUAUAUUUCAUAGCAGCAGUGGGAAGACCAAAGAUACCGAGAUGGGAGAAGUUGUCGCCAGCAUUCCAAGACUUUUUGGACAAAUGUUUGCAAGUGGAUGCUGAUGAUAGAGCUACAGCUGAAGAAUUGUUGGAACAUCCUUUCCUUGAGUGUGCCAUGGAACUUCGAACAUUAACACCACUCAUAAGGGCUGCACAAAGAAUAUUACACAAGAAUUACGACUGAUUUAAAUGACCAGAAAAGCUUCCAUUUUAGAUACUAUAGUCUUAUUUUGGCAAUAACUUUUUUACACGUGAUUUUGAUAUUUAUUUUUAUCAUACUCUAAAACUUUACAAUCUUAUGAAAAUAGGUCCAUAUUUUGAGUAUUUUUUUACUUUGAUCAAAUAUGAUCAAUGGGUAAUUCGUCCAAAUAUGCAGUGCCAAGUAUAAGAAUAAUAUUUUUUCUUAGUCGUUAGUGUGUAUUGGCUAAAACGUAGAUAUAAAAGAUGCGGGAAUCAAAAGUAAUCAGUGUAAUGUGUUUUAAAUGCCACGUCACAUAAUAUUUAUAUUUGAACGUGAGAUAAGGUUAAAUCGUCAUGCAUUGUUUUCCGCUAGACGCAGGCUUAUUCAACGUUACAUAAGGUCUACCAUACUAAUGUUUUUAGCGUAAACCUUUCAAUGCCUUAAUCUUUAAAUCGCAUUUUUAAACAUAUUAAUUUACAUCGAUUACACUUACAGAAAAGGCAAUGUAUACUGGACCUCUGUAAAUAAAAAUACAUAGUAUUAUAAGGGCAUCGUGUUCAAUGUUCGUAAAUUCGCUAGGGUAUUUUGACUGUACGCACUAAGCGUUAUAUCUCUUGUCUUAUCAAUGCUUUAGACUUGAUAUCGUAUCUAUCUUAAAAUACAUUGAUAAAAAAAAAAACUUAGGUUAGUGGUGUAUUAUGUGUAAAAUUUUAAAAGUAGUUAGGUUUUGGAUGCUUGUCUGUUACUUAAAUAAAAUAAUUAUUAUUCUGUCCAAAAUGGACAUGACGAAUUUUUCGUUUAUAAUUGAGUAUAAAAAUUUAUUUGGAGAUAUAACAUUACGACUUGUUUGCAUCUUUAAUAAAUUGCAAUUACAUAUUCCGAAAAUAAAAUCAAAAGCAUUCAACUUAAAAAUUAAAAGCCUAAGAGUUAGAUUUCGCUCUUAUGCUUUUCCAAACAAUUUAUACACAUAGCAGCAAACCCCACACCAAAGCUAUUCUUAACCAAUUCAUUCCCUUUAACAGGAUAAUUGGGAUUAAAUUGUAUUUUGUGACAAAUGUAAGAUGACGUACAAAUUGACGGUGUAUUGCAUAGUCAUGGCCGUUUUUAAAUUCGAUUAUGUAAGCUAGGAUUGUUUGUGAAAUUUCAAUGCAAAAUAAUGAUUAAAUAAAUAUCAUUUUUAGUAGGUAAAAUGAUUUUUUAUAUAUAUUUAUACGACAAUUUCCGUGUGAAUACAUUUAAUAAAAUAUUAUGAAGUUGAUUAAGUACCGUCUUAUUGGUGGAUUAAAGCCUAACUCUAAUACUUUUAACGUAUUAAAAUAUAUUUUGUUUGGAAUCGUAAUGAGCGAAAAUUGUGUGACCAAUUCAUCUUUAUUGUGUGAUUUAUCUGACUGGAUAUAAAAUUUAAUACAUUUAGUCUUCUAAAAUUCUCAUCACAACUGUAACAGUUAACAUUUAAUAUUAAAAUACUCGUUUUAAGGCUCUGGUGAAUAGGACAUAAUAAGUAUAUAAAUAGUGACAUUAUACCAAAAACAUUCAUAAGAUUUUAAAAUAUCAUAUGAAUACAAAUAUAUAAAUGAAAACUGUAACUUCUUCACCAUUUUACAAUAUUAGUUUCAUAAAUCUCUCAUCCUUAGGUGUAUCUCAAAGAAAAAUAUUUUUUGAACCUGUUUCUCUGACAUUCCUUAUUUUUGCAUCUUAUACUGACCAAAUAUUUUUAUACUUGACUUUGAAGUGCUUCUAGAUUUAAGGCUUAAUAUUUAAUUAAGACUGUACUAUUUACAUAUUAUUCUAUGCUCAUUAUAAUCCCGUAACUGGCCGUAAUUUAUAUUUUUUUAAUUCUUAUUACCUGAAUUACACAAUUCUUUUUUAUAGAUUAUGUGCGUCAAAAGUAAUAAUAUUAUUACUUUUAACUGCUAUGUAUUCUGAAAAAGUAUUAUUUGUCAAUAUAUAGGUAUAUUAAAUAUAACACAUAUUGGCUAAUAUAAGCGUAACAACCAGCGUCAGUCAAAAGUAUUUUUUCAUUAUGUACAAAACGCAGAUUGUGAUUUAAUAUGCAUGUAUCCUUUUGCAAUAAAUAUUAUUUCACUAUAAAUGUUAUUAAAACAUUUAAACUAGUCCACACCCAUGUUUAUGUAUAGUAUGAAUAUAAAUUAUACAUAAUAUAGUUAAUAGGACUGUGUUGAGAAAUAGGCGUGCAAAUUUUUUGAUGCUGAUUUUAAAUUCAGGUUCAGUACGCUUGCUGAAAGUAUAAGGGGAAUUUUAAGUUUGCGCUUAUUUCUGAACACAUUAUAAUGUUAUUCUUUAAAUUUGUGGCCAUUUAUUUUGUAUUGUAUUCAUACCAUAAUUAUGUAGUACAUAUUUGUUAAGUAGAACCGUAUAAUCACGAUAAUAGAAUAGUGAAUUCAGCAGGCAAUUUGAUGAAGAUAACUGUGAAAGUACCUAGCAAUAUAUAUAUAUAUUGGUAGGUACUUUCAAUAUAUAUAUUUUUGCUUUAUGACUAUAGACCGAGACCGACUUUAUAGGGAUUCUCAAGUAUUACAUGCAAAAAUAAUCAAAAUUUUAAGUUUUUAUAAAACUCAUUUGGAUUUGUAUAUUACCAAGAGUGCCUGCUUGUAGUAUAUAAUAUCGAUUGAAGUGAAUAAAAAUUAGGAAAUUUUCAAAUAUGAUUCAAACAGCACGAGGGCAAAUUCGGUUAUUUGGUCUUAACGUUUAAAAUGCCCUGACAAAGUAUUAAUUUGUAGGAUGUUUCUUAGAAUCGUAUGUAAAAAUCCAAAUUUCUUUGAAUUUAUUAAUUUCAUUUUAUAAGCUUUUUGCUGUCGCACAACGAAUUGCAUUAAUGUAUUAAGGUUAUACUAUACAGCAUAGAAAUAAGUUUGUAUACACCAAUGACACUUUUUGAACAUUUUAUUAAUGGAGUUGCCUAUUAAAUUAUUUUUUUAAAUAA